AUGUUUGUACGCAAACAGUCAACAGAUGAAGAGAACCUGAGUGAGCUGGUUCAGGAGUGGUGGACCACUGAAGCCUUUGGCACAAAGAUCAACGUCAAGGACGCAAGAUCUCAAGAAGAUCUCCGUGCAUUGGCUCUUCUGGAUCAAGAGACCAAAAAGGUCGGUGAGAGAUACGAGACCUGCUUGCUGUGGAGUGAGGAAAAUCCGACGUUCCCCGACAACUCAAGGCAGGCAUACUACCGGCUAACAUCAACAGAAAGGAAACUGGAAAAGCAUCCAGAACUUGCGGAGAAGUACAAGAACAUAAUUGAUGGGUACAUCAAUGAUGGACAUGCAAGGAAGUUAUCACGAGAAGAGAUGAUGGAACCCAAGGAGAAGCGCUGGUUCCUGCCACAUCAUGCAGUCCUCAAUCCCAAUAAACCGGGGAAGGUGAGAGUCGUAUUCGACGCUGCGGCACUGUACCAGGGAGCGUCCCUGAACCAGAAGCUAAUCACAGGCCCAGACCUACUCCAGAACCUUCCCGGGGUACUGCUGCGAUUCAGAGAGGGACUAAUUGCAGUCACAGCCGACAUCAAGCAAAUGUUUCACCAAGUCCGGAUACGGGAAGCUGACCAGCCCGCGUCCAGCUUCCUCUGGAGAGACAUGGAGCGACAACGUGAACCUGAUGUCUACCAAAUGCAGGUGGUAAUCUUCGGAGCGAAGUCAUCGCCGACCAUCGCCAACUACGUGCUGCGAAGAGCCCUUCAAGAUCACGGAGCCUCAGUCAGUGCGGAAGGCCCAGUGAGCCCUGAUGAGAUGAUCCAGAGCUUCUACAUGGAUGACUGCCUGUUUUCAAGCAUGACAGAAGCAGCUGCUCAUGAUCUGCAAGCAGAGGUGAUGAAAGCUCUGAGGAACGGCGGCUUUCAUCUCACGAAGUGGCGCAGCAACUCACCUACAGUUCUUCGGAGUCUCCCAGAGGCUGAAAGGGCAAAUCCCUCGACGAGUCUGUGCUUGAAAGGCUCAAAACUGAGUGAAAAGGCUCUUGGGGUCGUUUGGAAUGAGGAAGAAGACUCUCUUGGCUUCAGACUACGAGAUGAAGAAGCCAGUGCAACCAAACGAGGAGUCCUCUGCAAGGUUUCAGCGAUUUUCGACCCACUUGGAAUCGUCGCUCCGUUCACGGUGCGAGCGAAGGUGAUGAUGCAGCGGCUGUGGUGCCUUCACUUGGGAUGGGACGACCCGCUGCCACAGCUUGAGCUCAGCACCUGGACAGAAUGGUUGAAAGAGUCAGAGAAGCUGACUGAGGUGACAGUCCAACGGUGCGUGACGCCAGGAGGCCUCGAGACAGUACGGCGUGAGCUCCAUGUCUUUUGUGACGCCUCCGAAGAGGCGUUCGGCGCCGUGGCAUACCUGAGGACCACGACGAGGGACGGAUGUCACCACUGUCGCUUCCUGAUGGGGAAGAGCCGAGUCGCUCCGGUAAAACCUCUAUCCAUCGUCCGACUGGAGCUCCAGGCGGCGGUUUUGGGAGCGCGGCUGACGGACGCUGUCGUCGGGGAGCUAUCCCAACGACCUGACGACAUCGUCUGCUGGACAGACAGUAAGGUUGUGCAACAGUACAUCGACAACGAAGCUCGCCGAUUCAAGACCUUCGUCGCCAACAGGCUGGCCGAAAUCCACGAGCUGACGCGUGACGCAAGCUGGCGUCACGUGCCUGGUAGGCUCAAUCCGGCGGACGAUGCUUCCAGAGGACUUCAUGUCUCCGCGCUCGCGCACAACUGCCGUUGGAUCGCUGGUCCAGACUUCUUGCGUGAGGACGUCGACCAGUGGCCACCAGUGGAGAAGCUGGCACCACUGGCAGACAACGAAGAAGAACAAAAACAGGCGACGUCAGUGAAUGUCAUCGCAGCAUCAACACGACCAGAAGAACCGGACCCAGCGAAGUAUUCAUCGUGGAUCAAGUACAAGCGAGUUGUCGGCUGGAUCAAGCGUUUUGUGCACAACCUGAAGGCGUUCUUGCCUGGCCGACAACCUCCAUUAUCAGGUCCACUAUCACGCUCUGAGAUGGUGGAGGCCGAAGUCUGGAUCAUCAGACAAGAGCAGCUCACGACGUACGGGGAAGAACUCCGAUGUCUGAAACAGCGACGGCCGAUCCAGACUUCCAGUCCUCUGCUUUCGCUGACACCGAUCUGCGACAGCAAUGGCCUGGUCCGUGUUGGAGGACGCAUCGGGAAAACAUCUAUUCCCGAGGAGUCCCGACAUCCGAUCAUCCUGCCGAGGAAAAGCGAGCUCGCCAGGCUCAUCAUCAUGCAAGAGCAUGUCCGUCAUGGUCAUGCGGGGACAGAACACACGCUGAAUGAAGUACGGCAGAAGUUCUGGAUUCCCCAAGGACGCGCAGAGGUGAAGAAGCAGCUCCGCAGUUGCCUCUAUUGUCAUCGACGCAGAGCUGCUCCGGCGCCACCAAGGAUGGCUGACCUUCCCGCUCAGAGACUCGAAGCCGAUCAUCCGUUCAAGAACGUGGGUGUGGACUACUUUGGACCACUGCGAGUGAAGCGGUUCCGAAGAACUGAGAAGCGAUACGGACUGCUGAUAACGUGCUUGGCGACCCGUGCUGUUCAUCUGGAGCUGACACAUUCGCUGGAAGUGGACAGCUGCAUCAUGGCCCUCAGACGCUUCUUCUCUCGCAGAUCCCAGCCAGCGGUUAUUUUCUCGGACCGCGGUACCAGCUUUAUCGGCAGCAACCGUGAACUACGCGAAGAGCUAAAGGUGCUGCUAGCGCAGAUGCCUGAGCGCCUGAGCGCCUUCGAGAUUGACUGGAGGUUCAAUCCACCAACGGCCAGCCACAUGGGUGGUGUUUGGGAAAGGAUGGUGAAGUCGGUCAAGACGUGCCUACAGGCAGUCGUCGGAUCUCAGCUGCUGACCGAUGAAGUUCUCCUGACUGUGUUCGCGGAGGUCGAACACAUGAUAAACAGCCGCCCACUUACCUAUGUGAGCUCCGAUCCAUCUGAUCCCGAGGCAUUGACUCCUAACCACUUCCUGCUUGGUCGUGCUUCCCCACACCUGGCACCAGUCCUGACAAGAGGCAACGACAUGUGCAGCCGUCGGAGGUGGAGACAGUCGCAAGCUGUGGCUGAACACGUCUGGAAAAGGUGGACUCGAGAAUACAUACCGACUUUGACACAGCGGAGCAAGUGGCGCCAGGAAAGAAGAAGCCUUCAAGUAGGGGACCUGGUCCUCAUGGCUGAGUCCGAUCUGCCCAGAGGAGCAUGGCCUCUGGCCAGGAUCGUUCAGGUCUUCCCGGGUAAGGACGGAAGAGUCCGGUCAGCUGCGCUACGGACCUCCUGCGGAAAGACGUACACCAGACCAGCAGCAAAGAUCUGCUUCCUGGAGGAAGAGUGCCGUUGA